GAAAAGGCAAUAAAAAGAAAUAAAAGUGCAAAUAAUCGACGACCAAACUCGCCCGCAAACCGAGGAGAGAGAGAAGGGGAAAUUGUCUAUCACAAACUGCCAGUGGGUCCCAGCGAUGGAUGCGGAGGCGGAGGCUACAUCCCCGGCGGCCGCCGUAUCGCGGUGGAAGUUCGAGGUGUCACGGCGGUACCAACACCUCCUGGACAAAGCGACGCCGUACGUGGCGAAGCGGUGGUUGGGGUGCCUGGUGGUGGCGCUGGUGUACGCGCUCCGCGUCUACAUGGUGGAAGGAUUCUACAUCGUUUCCUACGGUCUCGGCAUUUACAUCCUCAACCUUCUGAUCGGCUUCCUUUCCCCUCAGGUCGAUCCCGAGGUUCAAGAUUCCGGUGGCCCCUCCCUCCCCACCUCCACUUCCGACGAGUUUCGCCCCUUCGUUCGCCGCCUCCCGGAGUUCAAGUUCUGGUACUCAAUCACGAAGGCAUUUUGCAUUGCAUUUGUGAUGACUUUCUUUAGUGCCUUUGAUGUUCCUGUCUUCUGGCCAAUUCUCCUCUUCUACUGGGUGACCCUCUUCACUCUUACUAUGAGGAGACAAAUAGCUCACAUGAUCAGAUACAAAUAUGUACCAUUUUCAUUUGGAAAGAUGCGGUAUGAUGGAAAGCGGGCAUCAGCAGAAAGCACAACCCUUUCAGAUGACUGAAAUACAGGUUAAUUGAAACUUCAUUUGCUUCAUUUAAGACACAGACCCACAUGUGGCUAGAUAUCAUUUGCAGUAUAUUUUGACAGAUAGUGCAAUCUGAGGAUGUGAUAGCAGCUGGAAAAGUUUGCUUUGAGGUCUACCAUGGGCAACUGGAUGUUUAAUUCCCAGUUGUGUAGUUGUUUAGACUUUGGAAUUCCUGAAUGUUUUUUACGCGUUAGCAAAGGAUUCAGCUCAAGUGAGAUAUUGGGGUUUUAAGGACUCAUUGCAUCGAUUCCUUUUCCUUUAUUUUCUGUUUCUGUACAAAUGCCUCUUAUUUCUGAAUUCUUAGUCAAAUAACGGGAAUUUUAGGUACAUUAUGUUGCAUGAAUCUCCCUUCAUUAUUUGCAAUGCGGUUAUACUGAUCUAUAUUUCACA